CGACACGACUGUGGAAAAAAAUGAAUCGCAGAAUUGGAUCUUUUGAGGAUGAUUUUCGCGAUAUUCGAGACUGAAAGCAAUGAUGAAAAUAUAAUCACUAAUAAAUUGUCGAUCGUGCGUGAUGUUGAAGGUGUUGCAAGGUCAAAUAAAAAUUUAAUAAUGUGAAACAAUGGAAUUAUUAAACAAUUCUCAGGAAUAUGUUAUUGCGGCAUUCAUCCACAAGUUGCACUCCAGAUCACAGGUGUGUUUGUGGUCACGGCCGAAAACAGACCAUUUAUCGGGAAAAUCCAUCAAAUUCUUUAUCAGGAUUAUCAAUCGUGGUGGAUUUAGUAGUCUUUAUUUCUGGUCAACCUCAUGAUAAAGAGACCACCUCCACAGCGGCCUAAAGUUCGGCAAGACAUGGCAGUUCAAUCUCCAAUUGGCCUGGAUAUCAGGGAAGUCAACCUGACGGAUAAUUUGGGUGCCCUGGAAUACCAUGGGCAUUUUGAUCUAACCGGUCGGGCUUAUUUGGAAAACACCCAAACUUCUGCUCAGAUUACUCUUGAUCGCACCCAGAAGCCUUUUAUUAUUGGUGGUCCUUUAGGAUCGCAAAAAUACAUCUUUGAGCAAUUGCAUUUUCACUGGGGUGAUCAUGAUCACUUGGGCUGCGAGCACACACUCGAAGGAUGCCGAUACUCCAUGGAAGGACAUGCUGUGCAUUACAACGCCAAGUACCGUGACUUCCAAGAAGCUGUUACGAAACCAGAUGGAAUCGCCGUGACAGGGUUCUUCAUUCAGGCUAUGGGAGAUACCGAUCUGCCGGAAUUUAACAAAAUUACUCAUGGCAUCUCUAAAGUGACCGAACCCAAGAGUAAAACACAAAUCGACCCAGAUUGUCUUACUUGGAUGAGCCUUCAAGACCUUUCCAGACAUUACUACACUUACAAAGGAUCCUUAACAACUCCACCUUACUACGAAUCCGUUACUUGGAUUGUCUAUAAGAGCCCGGUUUAUGUAUCUAGACGCCAAAUUGAGGUGUUCAGGAACUUAUGUUGCAGCAAAGAGGAUCAAACUAAAAAGAUUAUAAAUAAUUUCCGCGAUGUUCAACGCCCACGGCACAAUCCACGAGUUGUUUUCGUGCGAAAUUGCAUCAACGUGAAGGCCAAAUUGUAGACCACGCAGCAGCUUGAAGAUUUAUCAAAAAAUCACCAAAUGCAGGGAUUUAAAAGGGAACAACACAUAAUAUUUAAGUGUGUAGAACUUUAUAAAAAGAAAUGCAAGUGUAGCUUAGAAAAAUAAUACUAUUUGAAACUACAA